AUGGAAGUAAGUGAAAAGUGCGACGUUUAUAGUUUUGGAGUAGUCACAUUAGAAGUAAUUAUGGGAAGGCAUCCGGGUGAUUUGAUCUCAUCAUUUCUAUCAACCUCAUUUGCAUCAACUUCCUAUGAUGUGCUAUUAGAAGAUGUAUUGGAUCAACGGCUUGCGUUGCCUACAAGGCAAGCUGUGGAGAAGGUGUUUCAACUUGCAUUCGUGCCUCGAACGAAUAUCAAGCAAGACACAGUAGUUUUCAGGCAGAAUGAAGAGAAGCUGUCGAAAGUGCUUGACAUCUAUGAAAAGAGGCUCGGGGAGGCUCGGUUUUGGGCUAGUGAUGAAAUUUAUUUGGCUAAUCUUUCACACUUGCCCAACACUCAGUACUUGGUCAGUGACACUAAUAAGGGUAAUUCAUUCACUUCGAGAGAAAAUGUGGGGAGAUGGUGGGACGAGAUAUCGAGCCAAGACUCGUGGAAGAAGGUGGUUGAUUUGCAGAAGGGUGCUUAG